UGGGUCCCGGAAGUAAACAAAACUUUUUCAAAGAGAAAUUCAUUUCGAGCUGUUCCCCAUCGAUCUCUGAGGAUUUUUUCCACAUUUUAUUCCACUGUUAUUUUUUAUGCUAUAUGUUUCUUUUGAAGACAACAAUCAACGGUUUUUUAACUUAAUUUAAAACGGUUCUGCUCUCGAACAGAAUAAAACAUGUUUUCAGAACUCAUCAUCCUCUCACUGAGUUUUUGGUUCUGUAACACUGCACAAACAAACCAACAAGAAACAUCAUCUACUAAUAUUGAUGAUGUCAGCAUCAACCCUGAGAUUGCAAAAUUUGUGGACAGAAUUAAAUAUGUUGCUCGAAGUUGCAAAGAGAUCCGUGACAAGUACCAUGUUUAUGAGGAUGGCCUGUACUAUCUGAUCUCUUCAAGAGGAGUCCUUUACCAGACGUUCUGUGACAUGACCACUGCAGGCGGCGGCUGGACGCUGGUGGCCAGUGUUCACGAAAACAACAUGUAUGGAAAGUGUACAGUUGGUGACCGCUGGUCUAGUGAACAAGGCAGCAAUGAAAACCGGCCUAUAGGUGAAGGCACAUGGGCAAACAAAGUCACAUUUGGAGCCGCAGAGGCCGCAACAAGUGAUGAUUACAAGAAUCCGGGAUACUAUGACAUUGCAGCUCAGGAUGUUUCUGUGUGGCAUGUGCCUAAUAAUAUGGAGUUGGAACACUGGAGCACUGGCUCCAUUCUCAGAUACCACACUGAAAAUCACUUCUUAACCCUACACGGAGGAAACCUAUUCAAGUUAUUUACGAAAUUCCCUGUGAGGUUUGGAAUCGGCUCCUGCAACAUUGAUAAUGGACCUGCUGUCCCGAUCGUGUAUGAUACUGGAAAUGAAGAAUCUACCAAAAAACUGUAUGGUCCAAGUGCAAGAACACAAUUUGAGCCUGGAUUCAUCACAUUCAGAGUCUUAAAUAAUGAAAAGGCAGCUAUGGCACUUUGCUCUGGGGCUAAGCCAACUGACUGUAACACUGAGCAUUUUUGUAUUGGUGGAGGCGGACACUUUCCUGAGGGUUACCCUAAACAAUGUGGAGACUUUACGGGUUUUGACUGGAAUGGCUAUGGUACUAAUACAGAAUGGAGUGCUUCCAGAGAGAUAACUGAAGCAGCUGUGCUUCUCUUUUAUCGCUGAAACUUGAGUAUAUCAGAGUUUUAAGAAGAGACUUGUUGUGAUGUACUUGCUGGAGCUGUCUCAUAAAAGUAUCCUGAGCAACGGAGUUGUCAAGCAUUUUCCACAGUAAUUAGAUCUUACUUUGGCAUGUUGUAUUUUUAAUUUAGAUUACUGAUUAGCCAAUUGAAUAUUCAUCCAUUCAUAUGAGCAUUCACUCUCUCUGUCUCAAACACACAAUCGCACACACACCAUACUAUGGUAAGUAAGUAGUAAGUAAGUAUAACAAGUAUAUGAAUUGAUGUGUGUGGUAAUUUUUCAAUUCAAUUCAAUUCAGCUUUAUUUGUAUAGCGCUUUUACAAUGUAGAUUGUGUCAAAGCAGCUUCACAUAAAUGGUCAUAAUAAUGGUCAUAAUAAUAAUUCUAUUGUUGUGAUAGUAAUGCACAACCAUAAACAAAAAUUGUUUUGAAAAUGUGGAACUUUAGAGUUUAUUCAGUGUUAUGGAUUUACUACACAGCACUGAUGAUAAUCCUCUUUCCAAGUUUUUUUUAUUAAAGCAUUGGAUGUUGCUUAACUAAAGCCCAGUGUGUUACCAAGAAUGUGGACUAUUGACAUAUAAAAUAUGGAUCACUGACAAUCUGAAAUGAUAAGGAUGUUUUAUAGCACCAUUUUUUUUAUCAAUCUGAACCUUGAGAACAAAAUCCUUGAAAACCAUUAUCAGAAAGCACAACUUCUCUCAAUAACCUUUCAUCUGUAUAGCUUAAUUAAGGAUGUGCUGCUUUUAUAAAUAAGCCAUUGAUAAGAAAAGAGCAACUACUAUAGACAGAGAAUGUUUUUCUUUAGAAUAGAGAACCAGUGAAACAUUUAAACGAUUAGGUUAUUACCUCAAAACCUUAUAUUUAGCCUACAUAUGAAACUUUUGUGUUUGGUUUUCUUUUUUGGAAGACUAAAAAAAUGUUUAAAUGUAUAAAUGAACAGUGGAGCACAUUACAAGUAUGUUCAAGAGUAAUGUUGUCAGAUAACUUUUUGUUUUCAAAUAAUGGAAUGUUUUCAAAUAACUAAUAAACUAAUGCAUUUCUUUUUCA